AUGGCUGGUCUCCUUGAGAAUGUCGCCAUCAUAGGCGGAGGUCUAGGUGGCUGCGCUCUCGCAUUAGCACUCACAACCCACGACAUUCCCAUCACAAUCUAUGAGGCUCGUGGGCCAGAUGCAGAUACGCUAACAUCCGGCGUUGUCCUCACGCCCAACGGCCUUCAUGUCCUCGACCGUUUGGGAGUCCUCGACAGGAUCAAGGAUAGAUGUUGGAUCUCCACCCACCGCACGUUCAAGGACCGUAACGACAACACUGUGCGAAAAGUCGUUGUCGCAGCAAAGGAGCUUUAUGGCUAUCACAACCAUCGACUGUGGAGGAAGGUCUUAUUGAACGAGAUGAAGCAAAUGCUCUCCGAAUGUGGCAUCGCUAUCAAUUACAGUUCGAAGUUUGCCGGCUGCGAGUCUGACACCCACGAAGGCGCGACAUUGCUGAUCAACGGCAGUCUGCAAUCAGCAUCUCUACUGAUAGCCUCCGAUGGUCUACACAGCACAAUCCGACAUUAUCUUGCUCCAGGCAUCGAACCAGAAUAUACAGGUACUCUUGGCGUUCUAGCACAUAUACCACACUCUUCUGUCUCAUGGCCAUAUGCGGACUACGAAAAGAACGCCACGAUUCAGGACAGACCGGGAGCGAUCUUCUUCUUACCAGAAGACGCCGAAGGCAAGGAUCUUAUGAUCGGGCUACAAGUUCAGUACCCAGAGCAGAGCCGUGAGGACCUAGAGCGACUGAAUGGAGACAAGGAUGCCCUAGAGGGCUUCUAUCGCAAGGACUAUGAGAAGUGGGGAGAGACCGCGAGGAAGAUCAUUGAUGCUGUCAGUACGGAGGGUAAACAGAGUCUGUGGGUAUGGCCCUACAUGCGCAUGCCGAAGCUCGAGAAGUGGUUCAGUAAGACAGGCAGAGUCGUAUUGGUAGGAGAUGGUGCGCAUGCUCUGCCACCUAGCUCGGGUCAAGGUGUCAACCAAGCACUUGAAGACGUCUACUCUCUCGCCAUGAUUCUCGCAGCGGUCUCGAAGCACAAUGGCACGACAUCUGUCUCACAAGGCGAUGGCGAGAACAACGGCACAGAGCCAGACCCGAGUCAAACGAGAGUGCUCGAGGGGUUAGGCUUUUGGCAGCAGAUGCGGCAGAAGCGUGUAGAUGCCAUAUACGAUUGGGCGACGAACUCAAAUAACGUCCAACGCCUACCUGAAGCUGAACGCAAUAAGCUCGUGGCAGAAGGCAAGAUCAAGAAAGGCACAGCUGGGGAGGGCGAUGAUAUGUCAUGGCUGUAUGCUCCACGGCUGGAGACCGAUGUACAAGAGUGGAUCCAUGCAAGUCUAUGA